AUGAGUCAAGAUAGACAUGCUAAAGAUACUCUUGAUCGUAUCGCUGUAAUUAACGAUAGAUGUAAACCAGGAAAAUGCAGAUUAGAAUGUAAAAAGACAUGUCCAAUUAAUAGAGCAGGAGGACUUUGUAUUGAAGUACUUCCAAAAGAUAAACGAGCAGUUAUUUCAGAGACGUUAUGCAUUGGAUGUGCAUUAUGUGUAAAGAAAUGUCCAUUUGAAGCAAUUAAAAUCAUUAAUCUUCCAAAGAAUUUAGAACAAUGUACUACUCAUCGUUAUGGACCAAAUUCAUUUAAAUUACAUAGACUACCAAUGCCAAGACCUGGACAAAUUCUUGGAUUAGUAGGUACUAAUGGUAUUGGUAAAUCUACUGCAUUGAAGAUUUUAGCAGCAUCUAUUAAACCAAAUCUUGGACAAUAUAAAAAUCCACCAUCAUGGGCAGAAAUUAUUAAAUAUUACAGAGGAAGUGAUUUACAAAAUUAUUUUAAGAAACUUCUUGAUGAUCAAUUCAAAGCAGAAAUGAAAAUUCAAUACGUUGAUAGUGUUCCACGAACUGUUAAUUCUAUUAAAUCAGUUGGAGAAAUUCUUCGUGCAUUAGAUGAAAGAAAUGCAUUUGAUGAAGUUGUUGAAAUUCUUGAUAUUAAAAGAAUUCUUAAUAAAAGAGUUCAAGUUCUUUCAGGAGGAGAAUUACAAUUAUUUGUUAUUGCUACUGUUGCAUAA